AUGUGGACUUCAGAUAGAAUGAGCAAUGCAAAGAACUGGCUUGGACUUGGUGUGUCCUUAUAUUUUUGGGGACUGAUGGACCUUACUACACUUGCACUGUCUGGGAGUGCCAGGCCACUCACCAAAAGCCAGGAAGAUAACCUGUCGGACAAGCUGCUACUGCAUCAGCGAAUGAAGAGGAGCUGGGUAUGGAACCAGUUUUUUGUUCUUGAAGAAUACACUGGAACCGAUCCUCUGUAUGUUGGCAAGCUCCAUUCCGAUAUGGACAGAGGAGAUGGAUCAAUCAAGUACAUUCUCUCAGGAGAAGGCGCUGGCAUUGUAUUUACAAUUGAUGAUACCACUGGGGACAUUCAUGCCAUUCAGAGAUUGGACCGAGAGGAGAGAUCCCAGUAUACCCUGAGGGCUCAGGCUCUGGACAGACGGACAGGCAGGCCAAUGGAACCAGAAUCAGAGUUCAUCAUCAAAAUCCAAGACAUCAAUGACAAUGAACCCAAGUUCCUGGAUGGACCUUAUAUAGCCUCAGUUCCAGAAAUGUCACCAGUAGGCACCUCUGUUAUCCAGGUGACAGCAACAGAUGCUGAUGAUCCAACCUAUGGGAACAGUGCCAGAGUAGUCUACAGUAUUCUCCAGGGGCAACCAUAUUUCUCUGUGGACUCCAGAACAGGCUUAAUUAGGACAGCUCUAAUGAACAUGGACAGAGAAGCAAAAGACUAUUAUGAAGUGAUUAUCCAGGCCAAGGAUAUGGGUGGACAGCUGGGAGGAUUAGCUGGGACAACCACAGUCAACAUCACCCUCUCUGAUGUCAAUGACAAUCCACCCAGAUUUCCACAGAAACAUUAUCAGAUGAGUGUGCUGGAGUCCGCUCCAGUCAGCUCCACUGUGGGCCGUGUUGUUGCUAAAGACCUGGAUGAAGGCAUUAAUGCUGAAAUGAAAUACAGCUUUGUAGAUGGAGAUGGACUGGAUGUCUUUGACAUUAACACUGAUCCUAAUUACCAAGUUGGCAUCAUAACUGUGAGAAAGCCUUUAAGUUUUGAGAGCAAGAAAAGCUACACUUUAAAAGUAGAGGGCACCAAUCCCCACCUGGAAAUGCGUUUCCUGAAUCUGGGCCCCUUCCGAGACACCACGACUGUGCACAUCAUUGUGGAGGAUGUGGACGAGCCACCGGUGUUUGAGCCUAGCUUCUACUUUGUGGAAGUGCCUGAGGAUGUGGAGAUUGGAACCACCAUACAAAUUAUUUCUGCCAGGGACCCUGAUGUGACCAACAACUCAAUCAGAUAUUCAAUUGAUAGAAGCAGUGAUCCUGGGAGGUUCUUUUAUGUCGACAUUGCAACAGGAGCUCUGAUGACUGCAAGACCUCUUGACCGGGAAGACCUUUCUUGGCACAAUAUCACUGUGCUGGCAGUGGAGCUGAACAAUCCCUCACAGGUUGGCAGUGUAUCAGUCACAGUAAAAGUCCUGGAUGUGAAUGAUAAUGCUCCUCAGUUUUCCAGGUUCUAUGAAGCUUUUGUGUGUGAAAAUGCAAAAGCUGGACAGCUGAUUCAGACAGUGAGUGCAGUAGACCAGGAUGACCCACAAGAGGGUCAGCACUUCUACUACAGCUUGGCUCCUGAGGCAGCUAACAACCCCAACUUCACUCUAAGGGACAAUCAAGACAACACUGCCUGGAUUUUAACCAGGAGAUCUGGCUUCCGACAGCACGAGCAGAACAUCUUUUAUCUCCCCAUCCUGAUCGCCGAUAACGGGCGCCCCAUGCUGAGCAGUACUGGUACUCUGACCGUGCAUGUGUGCAGCUGUGAUGACGAUGGUGUGGUGAUGUCUUGCAAUGCAGAGGCCUAUAUACUCCCUGUCAGCCUGAGCAGAGGAGCACUCAUUGCAAUCCUAGCCUGCAUCUUUGUCUUGUUAGUGCUCGUGCUACUCAUCUUAUCCAUGAGGCGGCACAGGAAGCAGCCUUACAUCAUCAAUGAAGAAGAGAACAUCCAUGAGAAUAUCGUCAGGUACGAUGAUGAAGGGGGCGGGGAAGAAGACACCGAAGCCUUUGACAUUGCUGCCAUGUGGAAUCCCCGGGAAGCCCAGAUAGUGGUGAAAAGCAGGCAGGACAUGCUGCCUGAAAUAGAGAGCCUCUCCCGAUACGUGCCUCAGACGUGCAUAACGGACAACAACGUUCACAACUAUGUGCUGGCCAAGCUGUACGAAGCUGACAUGGACCUCUGGGCUCCUCCUUUUGACUCCCUCCAAACAUACAUGUUUGAAGGGAACGGCUCAGUGGCAGAGUCACUCAGUUCAUUACAGUCUGUCACUACGGACUCAGACCAGAGCUAUGACUACCUGACAGACUGGGGACCUCGCUUUAAAAAGCUGGCCGAGAUGUACGGCGUCACAGAGGGCAACGGGGCUCUGUGGUAA